AUGCCACAAGAGCUCUCUCUUUUCUUUUUCAGCAAGAAAACGCGGCUACUCUCGCUUCUCCACUGCAUUUGCACUCACAUUACUGAAGCUGCACCCAAAUAUCUGUAUCAUGAUUGCCCAAACACCACCCUCUUCACUCCCAAAUCCACCUACCAAACAAAUCUCAACACCCUCCUCUCUUCCCUCUCCUCUGUCGCCGCCACGGAUGCCGACGGCUUUGCCAACGCCACUACCGGCAAAAAUCCACUUGACUGCGCCUACGGGCUAUUCCUCUGCCGUGGCGACAUCGCUGCCACUGCUUGUGGCGACUGCGUGGCCAACGCGAGCAAGGAAAUACUCAGCAACUGCCCUAAAGAGAAAGACUCCAUCAUUUGGUAUGCUGAGUGCAUGCUGCGUUACUCGAACCACAACAUUUUCUCCGUUGAGCAAGAUGCGCCAGCCUUCGUAUUGAUGAACGUGGUCAACAUUUCAAGCCCUAGCAGCUUUGCCCAGUUGCUAAAGGACACGACCGAUGAAUUGGUGGAGAGGGCGGCGAGCGAUGGGUCUGGGAAGAGGUUUGCUGUCAAGGACGCCGACAUCUCGAGCUCGAAGCGGCUAUACACGCUCGCUCAGUGCACGCCGGACUUGACGUCGGUGGAGUGCAAGGCGUGCUUGCAAGGGGCCAUCAAGAAUCUGCCCAUAGAUAAGGAAGGAGGGAGAGUCUUGGCCCCGAGCUGCAAUAGGUUUGAGCUUUACCAGUUCUACAAUGAGACUGUCUUCCAUGGAGCACCGGCACUGGCGCCAACACUUGCUCCGCCUCCUGCGGCGGUUGUAGCUGCUCCUUCUUCUUCAACAGUGAGAUCUAAAGGAGCCGGAGUUAUGUCUUCCGGGGUUCUUCGUACCGCCAGCAAUCUUCUGAAUGUCUCUUCUCAGCGAUCCAAUCAUCAAAAAAUAAAUUUUUGCGGCACCAUUCACCUCUCUCUCAUCUUCUUCUUCUUCUUCUUCAAUUUUCUCAGCAUUUGCACUCACAUUACUGAAGCUGCACCCGAAUAUCUGCAUCACGAUUGCCCAAACACCACCCUCUUCACUCCCAAAUCCACCUACCAAACAAAUCUCAACACCCUCCUCUCUUCUCUCUCCUCUGUCGCCGCCACGGAUGCCGACGGCUUUGCCAAUGACACUGCCGGCAAAAACCCACUUGACCGCGCCUACGGGCUAUUCCUCUUCCGUGGCGACAUCGCUGCCACUGCUUGUGGCGACUGCGUGGCCAACGCGAGCAAGGAAAUACUCAGCAACUGCCCUAAAGAGAAAGACUCCAUCAUUUGGUAUGCUGAGUGCAUGCUGCGUUACUCGAACCACUCCAUUUUCUCCGUUAAGCAAGAUGCGCCAGCCAUCGUAUUUAUGAACGUGGUCAACAUUUCAAGCCCUAGCAGCUUUGCCCAGUUGCUAAAGGACACGACCGAUGAAUUGGUGGAGAGUGCGGCGAGCGAUGGGUCUGGGAAGAGGUUUGCUGUCAAGGACGCCGACAUCUCGAGCUCGAAGCGGCUAUACACGCUCGCUCAGUGCACGCCGGACUUGACGUCGGCGGAGUGCAAGGCGUGCUUGCAAGGGGCCAUCAAGAAUCUGCCCAUAGAUAAGGAAGGAGGGAGAGUCUUGGCCCCGAGCUGCAAUGUUAGGUUUGAGCUUUACCAGUUCUAUAAUGAGACUGUCCUCCAUGAAGCACCGGCACCGGCGCCAACACUUGCUCCGCCUCCUGCGGCGGUUGUAGCUGCUCCUCCUCCUUCUUCAACAGUGAGAUCUAAAGGAGUCAGAGUUAUGUCUUCCGGGGUUCUUUGCACCGCCGGCGUAGUGUUUUUUCUUUUUCCCUUUUGAGGGUGACGACAAGCUGGGGUUGUUUUUUUUUUUUUCUUAUGACAAAGAUAAGCUGGGGUUGUUGAAGUAGAGUUACUUUCCGUUCAGUGUAAUAACUGAGGACGGAAUAAUGAGAAAAAGUUUGUGAGUACCUACAGUUCUUGAAUGUGACUCGUUUAAGGACAAGAUGAGCAGAUGCGAUCCUCCAUGGUAGGAGAGUAUGCUGGAAAUAUACCAAGACUCAUCUAUUAAAUUU